AUGGCUGAAACACCCGAACUUAUCGUCGAACACGCCUACGACCAUAUUGCACAAUGGUAUCUAGAAUGGGUCGAAGGCGAUAGGUCACCACGCGAAAGAUACACAAGGAAACUACUUGACAGUCUGCCACCUUCCCCAAACAUUCUAGAACUCGGCUGUGGCCCAGGCGUACCAGUACUGAGCAUGUUGGUUGACCACGGAGCUCAAGUGACAGCCAAUGAUAUCUCUGCGAAGCAGGUCAAGAUGGCUGAAGCUCGUUGCCCGCGUGCAAAGUUCAUCGCUGGUAAUAUGACCACACUCACGUUCGAAGCCGAGAGCUUUCACGGUGUGCUCAGCUUCUACACGCUCUUCCACCUCCCUCGCUCCCAGCUAAAGGAUAUGCUCGUCAAGAUCUACAGCUGGCUGAAGCCUGGUGGUCUCUUCGCUUUCAACCUUGCGGGCAUUGAUGAAGAAGAGAUACAUGGCGAGAUGAUGGGGUACGGAAUGUUUUGGAGCAGUUAUGGAGUGCAUGAGAACUGCGAAAUGUUGGAAGAAGUAGGUUUCGAGCUGUUGGAGGUGGAGAAAGUAAAGGCAAGCGAUGGCAAUUUGAACGAGGAUGAACCAGACUACGAUUCCGAGUUUGUUUGGGUGAUGGCGCGAAAGCCAGAGGUUGAUAAGAGGAAGAUUUAG